AUGUCUCGAUUUGUACGAACUUCAAAAUUCAGACACGUUUUUGGUACAGCAGCAAAGUAUGAAAACUGCUUUGAUAAUGUCAAAGUUUCGGCGAAUGCAUGGGAUACCAACCUUGUUAAAGUUAAUCCUCUUUUUGUUGCCAUCAAUUGGAACGCCGGUGGAGGUGGUGCUUUCGCUGUGAUACCACAUAAGAAUGUUGGUAAAAUAAGUGAUGGUAUACCGCUAUAUCGUGGACACACAGCUCCAGUAUUGGAUACGGAUUUUGCGACCUUUAAUGAUUAUGUUAUUGCGUCCGGUUCCGAAGAUUCUAAGGUGAUGAUUUGGAAUAUUCCAGAGGAACUUGGAGAACCUGAGUCUCCUGAUAUUGCGCCGGUCGCUAAAUUGAAUGGCCACGGACGGAAAGUGGGUCAUGUUUUAUUCCAUCCCGUAGCGGAUAAUGUACUUGCUUCAACGUCAGCUGACCUUACUGUAAAAUUAUGGGAUAUUGAAAAAGGUCAAGAAAAACAAACACUCCAAGGUUUCGUAGAUUUUAUACAAUCCAUAUCUUGGAAUUAUAAUGGUAGUUUAUUGGCUACGACAUGUCGUGAUAAGAAGCUUAGAAUUUUUGACGUUCGCUCUGGAAAUGUUGUUCAAGAGGCCUCCAGUCACCAGGGUAUUAAAGGUUCUAGAGUCGUUUGGCUUGGUGAUACCGAACGAAUGGUGACAACAGGUUUCUCGAAAAUGAGCGACCGUCAAUUGUUUUUGUGGGACUCUUCUAAUCUUGAUAAACCAUUAAAGAGUAUCAUGGUGGACACGUCAUCUGGUGUACUCAUGCCAUUUUAUGACAAUGAUCUUAAGAUACUUGAUGGUAACAUUAGAUAUUACGAAUUUGAAAAUGAUGAUUUAUUUUUCCUAACUGAAUAUAAAUCAUCUGAACCCCAACGUGGAAUGGCAUUAAUGCCAAAGCGUGGUGUCAAUGUAACUGAAUGUGAAAUUGCCAGAGCUUAUAAGGUUUCUAGUAAUACCAUUGAACCAAUUUCUUUUGUUGUGCCAAGAAGGUCUGAUGCAUUCCAAUCAGAUUUAUUCCCUCCAGCAUUGAGCGGUGAACCGGCUCUCUCAGCAGACGAAUUUUUUGAUGGUAAAAAUUCCAAACCUAAAACUAUUAGUUUAGAGCAUGGAUUUCAGGCCAAAGAAAAGAAAGAAUUUGUUUCUUCUGCACCAAAGGAAGAAGAACCUGUCGCGCAAACUCCGAAGACUGAAAAAGAAUACCAAGAUGCAUAUCAUCAACUUCGUCAAGAAAAUGAUGAUCUUCGAAAUCAGUUGGCGCAGCGCGAUGUGACAAUUCGAGCAUUAACGAUUCAAUUAGAACAGCUGAAGACAGGAUCAUCUUAA